UACAGUGUGUUAUUUUAGGCUAGUGCAUUGGAAUGUGUAAAAUACUAGUAUAUACACAAACCUAACAAAGUAAAAUGCUGCGCACUAAUUUUGGCAAUAAAACCAUUCCAAAAUUCCGUUAGCCAUGUCAGUAAUAUGUGCGGGACACGUAUAGCAACUGUAUUGCAUACGGCAUGGAAAUGAUUUGUAGUUCUUUAAAUAUUUUUUUUUUGUAAACGUUAUUUGUACCGCUAUUGUGGUGCUAGUGAAGGAACCUCCCCCUUUCGUUGUCCCGACGGCUAAGCGUAACUAACAACUACUUAACUCUAACUGUGACAGUCGUCAAACACGGGUGUUUUGUUUCACACAUUCUUCAAAGUACCCCCAUUUUACCUUCAAUAUCAAGUUUUCUUUAUGUACUUAUUAACCCACUGUACAAAUAUUAUUUUUGUGACAGUGUUUUAGUUUUACUAUUUAGUUAAAUAAUAACUUUUCAAUUGUUUAGGAGUAUGGACACAAAUACUGUAUAGACAUGAUGACUACUGCAGUUUAAGUCAAAUAAAAGAUAAAAGAUAUGUGUUCAAAUUUGAUAUUCUUCAUCACAACACUGGUGUGUUUGUCUUCCAUUAUUGAAAUAUCUAAAGCAGACCCCAAAUCCAUUGUCACAAGUUUAAAAAGCAAAUGGAAAAGUACGCCUCUGAUUAUUGAAGCCAGUGAGUUCAUGGCAAGUGAAAGCACGGAUGCAUUUUGGAAAUAUGUUGAAACUAUCAUGGGGUUCGACAUUGCACAUCAGACUGACAUAUCUGCUCGUACUUUAUACCAAACAGCAUUAAAAGCUGCACAUAUUACUUUUGAUGAUGACAAAAUGGAUUCUCUAAACAUGCAGCUUCUUAAGUUUGCGCUCUCUCUAAGAACUUAUUCACCCAGAGUGGAAAUGUUUCAUCAACUUGCUGUAAUAAAUGGACUUACUGGUUGCGAUAUAUUUUUUGACGUCCAUGGACAAAAGACGUGUGAGUACAGUGAAGUCCACCAGCUGUUAAAGUCAGCAAAAAUGCAAGAUCUUCAGCCCUCCACAGUGUUUAAACAAGACCAUGUUUUCCCUGAAUCCAAGAGCUCAGAUUCUACCAUAAUCUUGUAUGCGAAUAUUGCAUCUACGGAAUUUAAACAAGCUCAUGAUCUUCUCAAACGCCUAGCUAAAGCAGGAGAAGCAAAAUAUGUUUUACGUCAUUUUAUAAGAUCCCGCCCUGAUAAAGGGGUUCAGCUCUCAGGAUAUGGUGUGGAGUUGGCUAUGAAGAGCACUGAAUAUAAAGCUAUAGACGACAGUGUUGUUAAAGACGAUGGUUCUUCUGCAUCAUUAUUGGACGAUGGAGAAGUUGAAGUUGAAGGUUUUAACUUUUCGACUCUUGCCCGUGUUCAUCCUCAACUCACUAAGCAAUUGGCUGAGCUGAGAGGUCAUCUGAUGGAAUCGACCAAUGAGAUGCAACCAAUGAAAAUCUGGCAACUUCAGGAUUUAAGUUUUCAGGCAGCUACUCGCGUGUUAAAUGCUCCUAAAAAUGACCAACUUAAAAUACUCAAGGACAUCAGUCAAAACUUCCCUACUCGAGUUAGAACACUGGUGAAACAACAAGUGCCAGAUGAAUUACGUCAUGAAAUCAAACAAAACCAAAGGAGUUUUGAGCAGUUUGACAUAGACCAAGGUCAAGCUAUGUUUCUUUUAAACGGAAUCCAGAUAGACGUGGAUGAAACCGAUAUGUUUAAGUUACUGGACAUGUUAAGAAGUGAAGGGAAGUUAAUAAGUGGAUUAAAGAAACUUAAUCUGAAUUCAAAUCAAAUACAAAAGGCAAUGAAGUUAAAUGUACAUCCUGAAGCCAGUGGAAAGCAUAUACUGGAUAUAAGGGAGUCUGCAAUUAUUUGGGCAAACGACAUUGAAACUGACGAGAGGUAUAAACGCUGGCCCGCCAACGUGCAUGAGCUCCUCAGACCUGCGUUUCCUGGCACAUUACGACGUGUGCGCAAGAACAUGUUUCAUCUCGUUUUUGUCAUCGAUCCAACACACGCUGAUGCAAAAUAUUUGGUUGAAGCCGCGGAAAUUUUCUGGGCGAAUGACGUACCACUUAGGAUAGGUUUUUCCUUCCUUGUUGAUGACUCAGCAGAAAUUGACGGCAAUGAUGAUGCGGGAGUCGCACUUGUUCGAGCGUAUAAUUACGCAAGAGAUGAAAUGGAUGACAAUGAAAAGUCAUUCAGUUUUCUUACCAACGUUUACAAAUCACUUAAAGAAGGUAGCAUCAUCACUGUAGAACAUAUCAUACAACGGUUGAAACAAAAGUUUAAAAGUGCUGACAUAGAUGAUAUACUUGGUAGCAGUUCAGAAUUCGAUAGCAACAGAAAACUUGGAAAAUCCUUCCAAUCUCGAACAGCACUUGUAGGUCCCGUCAAUGUUUUAAUGAAUGGGGCGCUUCUCUCUGAUGAUGAUAUAUCAGAUGAUAUGUUUGAACAGGUGGUUCUUGAUAAAAUAAUGGAAGAAACCCCAGUGUUACAGCGAGCAGCUUACAUGGGUGAACUAAGCAAUAAUGGGGACCCCCUUGAAUACCUCAUGUCUCGAAAUGGGGUCGUGCCUCGUUUUAAUGACCGGGUAUUGUCGGCUGAAGCUAAUUUUUUUGACUUGCUUGGAAAUGCUAAAAAAGAGAGUGUAUACUUGAAUCCCAAGCAGUUUGCGAAGCUAAGCAACUCUGACAAAACUGCAACCAUAUCUGAACAGCUCAGCACAUUGUAUCUUUCAAAGACCGACAGCAGUAAGCAUAUUCGGCCAAUCACGAUGUGGGUGAUCGCCGACGUGGAGACGAGCGCUGGUCGUUCAUUUGUCUACAGUGCUCUUAAACAUGUGAAAACGAGCAGUAACACAAGAUUGGCAAUCAUACAUAACCCCAAGAACACGGAUCAUUUGACUUCGUCUUCCAAAUACAUGCGGGCAGUUGAAGCAGCAAUACUUACACAACAGAACAACCACGCAAGGAACUUCAUUUUAAAACUGUUGAAGCCUGAAAAUGCUGCGAAAAUUGCCUCCAGUGAUUCUUUAUCCGAGUUUUAUGUUGGUGGUAUGGCUGAAAGUGCGUUUGAAAAGGCCAUGACCUCUGACCCCAAGGUCAGCCUUGCCCACAUUACUGCCCACUCAGACUGGUCAACCACAGUGCUGAAUUUGGAGCCGGGACAAAACGCUGUUCUUGCAAAUGGAAAGUUGAUCGGACCGCUCGAUCAAAACGAGGUUUUUGUGGCCGACGACUUCCUUCUCAUAGAAAUCCUCAUGUAUUCAAGCUCUGGUGAGAAAAUACAGGAAGUCGUCAAGUCAAUGCAGCUUCAACUCACGCCGCCGGAAAAAAGUGACAUCAUAAUGAAGUUGACCUCUCACCUUUCCUCACAACCAAAGGUCGAGGCCGAACGUCGUGACCUUUCACCCCCGUUUGCCGAACACAGUGUCGUUGACCUGCCAAGCAGUGACCCGGAAAGAUCAUCAUACGACAUAUUAGCCGUGCUUGACCCAGCGAGUAAUAUUGCGCAACAAAUUAUUCCUGUUAUUGAGGUUUUGCGAGAAGUACUCGACGCAAAUGUAAAAAUCUACAUGAACUGCAAGGAAAAAUUAUCGGAUCUUCCAGUUAAAAGGUUUUACCGUUUCGUUUUAGAACCAGAGCUUUCAUUCAAGGUGGACAACAAACUGUCAGAUGGUCCCUUAGCAAAGUUCAGCGAUAUGCCCAACAAGUCCCUUCUCACUCUGACCAUGCACCCUCCUGAAGGCUGGAUGGUUGAAGCUGUAUCAGCAGUUCAUGACCUUGAUAAUAUCAAACUUAGUGAGAUCCGGAAUAAACUGGUUUCAGCCGAUUAUGAGCUUGAGUACCUGGUGCUGGAAGGGCAUGCAAGAGAUGUUACUACAGGCCAACCACCUCGAGGGCUACAGUUCACACUUGGUGCAACAAAGGACAAAGUUACUGUUGACACGAUUGUUAUGGCUAACCUUGGUUACUUCCAACUCAAAGCAUCACCUGGUGUAUGGUAUCUGAACCUUAGACAUGGAAAGUCCAGUGAUAUAUAUGAUAUAGUGAGCCAUGAAAACACGGAUUCAUCUACUGGAGAUGUGAUUGUGCUUAUGGAUAGUUUCAAGAGCAAAGUUAUUGUUGUGAAGGUAAGCAAGAAGAGUGAUAAAUCGGAUUCUUCCUUGCUGGAGGAUGAUGAAAGUGAGGGGAAGAAAGAAGAAGGAGGAGGGGGUGGAAUAUGGAACUCUAUAAAGAGUUAUUUCAGCUCUUUGGGAGGAGGAGGAGGAGAGAGUGAGAGCAAAGAGUGGGAGGAAGGAGCGAGCAACAGCUCCGAUGUCAUCAAUGUCUUCUCUCUCGCAUCCGGACAUCUUUACGAGCGAUUGAUGAGGAUUAUGAUGUUGAGCGUGAUGAGACACACAACAUCUAAUGUCAAGUUCUGGGUGCUGAAAAAUUAUCUCUCCCCACAGUUUAAGGACUUUAUUCCACACAUGGCAGAAGAAUAUGGUUUCGAAUACGAACUUGUUCAAUAUAAGUGGCCCAGAUGGUUACGACAACAAACCGAGAAACAAAGAACUAUGUGGGGAUACAAGAUUCUUUUCCUUGACGUACUUUUUCCACUGAAUGUAGAAAAAAUAAUUUUUGUUGAUGCUGAUCAAAUAGUUCGAGCAAAUCUGAAGGAGUUACGAGACCUUGAUUUAGAAGGCAACCCGUACGGUUACACGCCAUUCUGUAGCGAUCGAACAGAAAUGGACGGUUUUCGAUUUUGGAAAGGUGGUUAUUGGGCCCAACAUCUCGCUGGGAGGAAGUAUCACAUCAGUGCGAUAUACGUGGUGGACUUGAAGAAGUUCCGUCAAAUUGCCGCGGGUGACCGACUCAGGGGUCAGUAUCAGGGACUUUCCCAGGACCCCAAUUCUCUCGCCAACCUUGACCAGGAUCUUCCAAACAACAUGAUACACCAGGUUGGAAUCAAAUCUCUUCCACAAGAAUGGCUCUGGUGCUCCACCUGGUGUAGUGAUGAUUCAUUAAGUCGAGCGAAAACGAUUGAUCUUUGCAACAACCCACUUACAAAAGAACCGAAACUAGAAGCAGCUGUAAGACUGGUGAAGGAAUGGCCGGACUAUGACGAAGAAAUUAAAACUUUACAAUCGAAAUUUUCCCCAGAGGGAAACCAAAGUUCAAAGUCAAAAGAUAAAGAAACAGGUUUUGCAUCAACAUUAGACAAAUCUGCAGGUAAACAUGAGGAGUUAUGAUGCAGCAUUCCUCCAUACACAUCUUAGUUAAUUUCCCAAAUUUCUUGCACAAAUGUUUAUUACUGAAACAUCAAUCCAAUUGCAGUAGGUCAUUGGGCACGUAUUUGUCUUUUUUCAGCCGUUUCAAGAAGAUUUGGAAAAAAGUUGCUCUUCUGUAAAUUUUCGAAUUUCCGUUGUUUUGAAGUGUAACGAACACGCUUUUUUUGGUAGUUCUUUAUAUAUGUAGGAUUUAUUUGCCUUUAGCGUUGUGCGUUUUUCUUACAGACCAAAUCAAUAGAAUAUUCCCAUUUCGCUUUUGUCAUACUGUUUUGCCUAAACUUUUAAUAAUGAAUUCAUUUACCGUUUCAUUUAAAAUCUAAAGAUACCAUGCAAAAUAUUGUGGUACAUUUCUAGUUCAAAAAUUUCGAUCCAGCAACCUUAUACUGGUGCUGUUAAAUUCUAUGCUGUUCCCAUGAUUUUGUGCAAUACAACGUUAUUGGAAACUCAUUUUUACUCUUAAAA